CUGUCGCCAUCAUGGUUCGGAAGCUCAAAUUCCACGAACAGAAAUUACUGAAGCAGGUAGACUUCCUGAAUUGGGAGGUCACUGAUCACAACCUGCACGAGCUGCGGAUUCUGAGGCGCUAUCGUCUGCAGCGACGUGAGGACUAUACGCGAUACAACCAGCUGAGUCGUGCCGUCCGAGAGCUAGCGCGGCGCCUGCGCGACUUGCCCGUGAACGACCCGUUUCGCGUUCGCUCCACUGCAGCGCUGUUGGAUAAAUUAUAUGCGUUGGGCCUGGUGCCCACCCGCGGCUCACUCGAGCUCUGCGACUUUGUCACAGCCUCUUCCUUUUGCCGCCGCCGCCUGCCCACCGUGCUGCUCAAGUUGCGCAUGGCGCAGCACCUCCAGGCAGCCGUGGCUUUCGUGGAGCAGGGCCACGUGCGCGUGGGGCCUGACGUAGUCACCGACCCUGCCUUCCUUGUCACUCGCAGCAUGGAGGACUUUGUCACCUGGGUGGAUUCGUCCAAGAUCAAGCGGCACGUGCUAGAAUACAAUGAGGAGCGUGAUGACUUCGAUCUGGAAGCCUAGCGAGACUCGCCUUCCAUGGCUGCAUUUUACAGCUGGGAAAACU